UCGGCAUUCUUGGCGGCUGUGCUGUGUUGGCCCAAGGCGACUAGGGGAAUGCCGUGUCAACAAGCUGCUUUCACGAUCGUUUUCACGAAAGCGACGUGAUAUUCUUAGGCUUUAGGUGUCUGAGCGUUAGUGUGUUGUGCAUUUGUCAACUGAACAUUUCUUCGGCGAUGGCGUCGAUGUGGUGGCUACUUGUAACGGUAGCGACGGUUAUGAGUAGCUUCUUGGCAUCAGUUGAAGCCAUUUAUUGCCAUCAGUGCGACUCCAACCAACACCUGCACUGCUCGGAGCUGUGGGACCAUAGCAACUCGCCAGAGCCAACAAGCUGCGACAACCUGUAUGAGGCCAAUUACUGCAUCAAGGCCACAGGCAUGUAUGGGGGUCGCAUUGGGACAUUCCGGUUUUGUUCUUCUCGGGACCGGGGCCACUACUGUGAUUAUGUGAAACGGCCCGGAGAUGACAGAGAAUACCGAGCCUGUAUCUACACAUGCAGUGGUAACGGCUGCAAUGCCUCUGCGGGACUUCGGCCUUGGGCUGGUGGUGUGGUUGUUUUGCUGUUCAUGGUCCUUGCCCGGAUGUCAGGUCCAUACAUGAUCAGCGAGUGACCUUGAAUGGAGGGCUGCCUGAAACAAGCCAGGCUCCACAGCAGCUCACCAUGUUUCCACUGUUAAGUGAACUUCUCUCUGGAGCUCGCCAUGCGCUUGGAAUACACAUUCUGUGACGCUGGAUAGUCCAUGUACUCGUGCACUUCAAACUGGCAAGAAUGAGCUGUAUGGGAUGAGUCCAGGGGAGGUAUUCUGUAAGAGUCCACCUAGUGGACAUGUACAUUUCAUCUGCUGUUGUUCUGAUUGGCUGGGCUGGGCUGCACGUCCGCAGCAACCAGGCGCCACAGCCAAUAAGCACUUCAGCAGCAGACUAAAUGGACAUGUCCACUAGGUAGACUCUUACAGAAUACCUCCCCAGCCUUGAGAGUAAUACUAGCAGCAGUGACUCUUUUUUGUGCUUACUCUGGGCAUGGAUUAGCCAAACCUUUUGACACAUUGACUGAAUGCAUUCCGUCCAUUUUUACUGAAUCUGUCUUCUAUAUGGUACGUGUAUAUACUAUAUAUGGUUUGAAAAUAUAAAAAAUGUGAUUAAGGUGUCCAACACAUCCUGUUCACCUUUUCUAUUGCUACUUUACUGCCACAUUGCCUUAUUUUAAAUUGCAUUGUAUAGUAGCUGCAUCAUGCUGGGCCUUACAGAUAGUCCUUGUGGCUUUUGUACUGCAUAGGUCGACUGCACAUCCCCUACACAUUCAUCAUGUUAGAUGUUAAGGUUUCUCUCUCCUGCAUGUCAGCCGCACGCCCAUUCAUUUAGAUGAAUAUCAGCUACGCGUUCAUCCUUUUUCAUCCAGGGCCCUAAUUUUGGAUGGCAGCAUUAUGAAUGAAUGGUGGUACAUUCAGAGUACAUGCGGACGUAAAUGUAGUUUGGUUAGUGGCACCUGUCAGCGUACUCAGGAGCCAGAAUUUUAAAUGUGGCCAUGUUUUGAUCGGUCAUGCCUUGUGAAUCCCCUCAUGUCAUUCGCCUUUGACCGUGGAAAGCAAAAAAAUAAAGAAGUCUCAGCUGACCAAAACCAUUGUUUAAAUUAGGCAGCUUUGAAGUAUACUGUAUCUAUAGUGGGUGAACCGAAAGUUGGAGAUUUCUUCCAAUUAACCCAAAGUUUAGAUUGUGUGGUGUUGACUGUUUUACCUUCUUGUCUGUCAUAAAGUUACUGCUUGCUUUAUUCUUGGUAGCAAUGACAAGCACUGGUUCCUGCAAGCAGCUCUUCUGUGCUUAAGCCUGAAGUUUCACUUGGGCAUUGCUCAAGAUGUCGGCCAAGGCCCUUUUCCUGUAUUUUCUGCAAGGAGGGAUGCAAGCAUAAGCAGUACUUCUAAUGCCAGGUUUAAAUGCAUGUUGUAGUGUUCACAAUACACAUUGAUUGAUUGGGGUGAAAAAAUUAAAGAAUAGUGUUAGUGCUGUUACAGUCAGCAAUAAAGGUACCACCUUGCAUGCUUACCGUUUCUGAACGUGCUGACUAGAAGUCAUCAGAUUAGUGCUCUUCACAACGAUUCUUCAUAAGUUGUUUAUCUUCCAUGCAGUGAGGGUCUCGUACGGGCGUUCACCUACCACAAUCGUGGCUUAAGUACCCUUUCAUGAGCACAUGAAGUUACAUUUCCGGUGGAAAUGCCAUGUGCUGGCUAGUUAGGUGGAGUUUUUCUUUUCCACAGGUGGCUAGAUUGCUUCUGGCAACCUGCACUGUCAAAUCUGCCAAGUACAGCUGCUAGAGGCAUGUUUCGUUUGUGUUAACUUCAUGACCGGUUCUACACCCUGCCUGUUUAUUCCUUGUCUGUCGACAUUGCACUAUCCCAUAUGGCUAUGCUUGUUGUCAUAAAAAGAAAAUUGUCCCUUCAAUUUUAGGCUUGUUAUAUCAUCUUGUACUUGCAGUUUCUUGCUUUGGCACAUAAUAAGCGCAGUUAAUAUUUUUGUACUCUGAAAGCAAGAGUUUUGCAAUAACCUGUUGGUAGUUACGGAGAAGAGAGGGUGUGCCAGUGUUUUGUUGCUAAUCCAUCAGUGGUACUUUCAUUGACCUGGUGGUGUGUACAUGGGAAUCGGCAACAGACACUGGAAGGAUCGUAGAAGCAUCACUGCAAGCUGGCCUAGUUGCAAUUGAUUCCUUGUGAAACUUUGCACUAUACAAACAGUGACAAAGAAAGAUACACAAGGACAAGCACUUUCUAACAACUGGUUUUGUUAUUCGAAAACAUCAGACUCAAGUGCCCUACAGAUCUGCGCAAAAUAUGUUGAGAUUCCAUAUAGGGCACACAUAGCGAUCACGUGAAUUGUCUGGAAAUUUAUCGAUAUGAGAAGAGCAGCAACAUUUCUUUAUCUAACAUAGUACUCGUUCUUGUGUAUCUUUUUUCGUCCCCGUUUGUAUCGCACAAAUUUUCAUGAUAGAAUCAUUAAUGGCAGACAAUGGGCAAGCCCUUCUUCUUUCUUUUGAGAUGUGCAGCAAAGUCUCAUUCCUAAUUUGCUGGUGAGACAAGUAUGUAUAGAUUAGUGCAUACGGGCGCUGCUGCUGGAUUUUCUGAGAUUUUUUUUUCUGUUGGCACCUGUAGGGCAUCAUUACAACAGCACUUAUGCACGCAUAGUGAAGGAGGCACUUUGUGCAUGCAGCUGAUGCUGCCCAUUUUUUGACGAGCCCAAUAACCUCCACUUGCCGCAUUUAUUAUUCUACUAUACGCAUAUCAGUUCUUUUCUCCAGCUUGGCUUGCACUAUUUGCAGUGCCUCCUGUGGUGAAAGCGACAUUUCAUGUUUGUUUUCAAACUUCCAAGUGAUAUUGCUUGGCUGUUAGACUGAUUUUCCUUAUCUUGCAGCUCGUCACAGUUUAUAGAAAAUGCUCUGGCAUGUUUGGCACUGAGGCAUGAAUCCUUUCGCAUGGGAAACAUCACCACAUCUGACUGUAUGUUGUCUAACAUCUGUGUCAAAAUAAAGACACACAUUGCUCACGUGUAUAAGGUUUCCCAAGAUGGCUGCUUUCUGUGAUGCCUCCAUCUCCUUUUUUUCGUGCGAGCGGUCCCAUACCGCAGUUGUAGCAGACAUUGCAAUAUUGAUUGAUGCGCAGACUAUGGCAGCAUUUGCAUUUGACCAAGUGUGUGAAGUAUACCAAAGCACUGUGGUUUGUACUUGGUAAGAGUUCAGUGAAUAAGAGUUCUUCCGGCAGCUCCACAUAGCAAGAUAUCAUCACUUUCAGCUGCACCUUGACUGGUGGUUUGUGUGAUGUGGGUGUAACGCAUUAUGGUUGUAGUAGCUUUCUUUUUUUUAGUGUUGUGCUUCUUUGGUCAUGUGUCAUAACAGCUGCUGUGAUUGGAAGUUGUUACACAAAGACUGCAGUAUUAAACAUGGCAGUCCGAACAACACUGCUCUCUCUUCAUUGCUGCUGCGAGGUUGUACUUUUUGUGAGGCAUAUUUUUGUUGUUUUAUUUUUGUGAAAUAAAUCCCAAAUGCUUAGGUGUA